AUGAAGCUCAACCCUACCUUUGCGGCCACGCUGGCUGCAACGCUGUCUCUUGUCUUUGCGGCGUCCGCUCAUCCUGGCGAGGCGUUGUCGAAGCGUCAGCAGGAAGCCCACAAUGCCCGUUCUGUCGCGGCAGUCAACGCCCGAGCACUCGAGGUUUGCCAGCAGCGGCCUGAGGUGAAGGCCAGAAAGCAACGGGACAUCGCCCGAAGACAAGCCACCUUUGACCAGCUCCGUCAGAAGAGGAGUCUGCAGAACGAUGCUUUCUUUCAUCGGAGAAGCGAUGCAGACUUCCAGCAAUGGGCAGCUAGCAAUCAUAAUUUCACUGGGGAGGUAGACGUGACCGUUUCGUCGAAGGACCUUUUUCCCUCCAAUGCGAGCUGUGUCUUGGCUCCUGACAACGCUAACGGCCCUUACUUCGUAUCCCAGGAGCUCAUCCGGCAGGAGAUCGAUGAGGAAGAAGUGGGCAUUCCCAUGCACCUUGAGCUGCAGUUCAUCGACAUCAACACGUGCGAGCCGGCCGAUGUCUUGAUCGAUGUGUGGUCCUGCAACUCUACGGGACAAUAUAGUGGUAUCAGUGCCGGUGGCCAGGGCGGGCUGGAUACCACCUACCUCCGCGGUGUGCAGCUUACGGAUGAUGAGGGCGUGGUUAACUUCGAUACCCCUUUUCCCGGCCUUUACGAAGGGCGUGCGACACACCAGCACAUUAUCGUGCAUGUGGGUUCUGAGAUACUGGACAACGGCACGUACACCGGCGGUGUCGUGGCUCAUCUCUCACAGCUAUUCUUCGACCAGAAGCUCAGAGAUGCCGUAGAGUCACUGGCCCCUUACAACACGAACGAGAUCCCUGUGACCUCUAAUGUGGAGGAUCUGUUUGGAGGCUACGCCUCCACUGCUGAAUACGACCCGUUCAUGAACUACGUCGUUCUGGGUAACAGUCUGGAGUCAGGCUUAUUUGCUUGGACCGAGCUCGCUCUUAACACAAGUUCGAACUGGGACUUCUACGCGCCAUAUGCUUCCACUUGGGCUGCUGGAGGUGGUUCCGAUAACCCGGCUUUCAACUUUUCUGUCGUUACAAUGCCCCCUCCGACCCACGAUUGA